AUGGUUAACAAAGACUAUUAUGCUGUAUUAGGUGUAAGUCGAAUAGCCACUGAUGAUGAAAUUAAACGGGCAUAUAAACAAAAAGCACUUAAAUAUCAUCCCGACAAAAAUCGUGAUGAUGUUGAUGCUGAAAAAAAAUUUACGGAUAUUAGAGAAGCUUAUGAACUAUUAUCUGAUCAUUAUAAACGUUCGUUAUAUGAUCGAUUUGGUUCAGCUGAUAUUCGAAAUUAUUUCAAUCCUGAUUCUCGUACUAAUUUUCGUCAUUCAUUUUCAACCGGUAAUUAUUAUUCAUCAUUUGGUGGUGAUUCAACAUAUGAUCCAUUGAAUACUUAUUUUGUACGUUCUAAAGAACCAACAACAUUCUUUGAUUUAUAUGUUACAUUAGAAGAAAUCAAUAAAGGUACAACUAGGAAAUUAAAAAUAACACGUAAACGAUUUAAACCUGAACUAAAUACAGCAGUUAAAGAUGAAAAAGUUCUUGAAAUUCAAAUAAAACCUGGUUGGAAAGAAGGGACGAAAAUUACUUUCGAAAAUGAAGGUGAUGCAGGUGAUCGAAAUACUAUAGCAGGCGAUAUUGUAUUCAUUAUUCGAGAUAAACCACAUCCUUUAUUUGAACGUUCAAAUUCGGAUAUAAUUUAUCGAGUUAAACUCACAUUAAAACAAGCAUUACUUGGUACAUUAAUAGUCAUUCCAUUUCUUGAUUCAACUAAAUCAACAUAUCAAUUACGUACUUAUCAAGAAAUUUUAACACCACAAACAGAAAAACGUUUUCCAAAUGAAGGUUUACCUUAUCCAAAAGAUCCAACUAAACGUGGAGAUCUUAUUGUUAAAUUUGAUAUACUUUUUCCAAAAUUUCUUAAUAGUGAACAGCGUUCAUUCGCAGAUAGUUGUUUUUCAAGUUCAAUGGAACUUUAUCAACCACAUGAUUCUGUACUUCAUACAACUAUAAUGGAUCAAACUAAACAACAACAACAACAACCGUUUCCAUCGCAACCAUUACAAGAGCAGCAACAACAACAACAACGUCAACAAAUGUCACCUUCACAAUAUCAAUUUGCGUUUACUCCUACGUCAACAGCCGCUUCUAAAUCUCAAUUUUCAUCUAUCAAUAGCAACAAUAAUAUUCAGAAUCAAAAAGCUUCUUAUCGGUAUUUCAAUAGCAAUGGUCGUCAUAGAUCACCAGCAUCAACUUCUAACAAUACUAAUCAAACUAAAUCAACAUCAGUACGCAUUCCUCCUCCGGUGCCACCACGACCAUCACCAACUUAA